AUGGAGUCUGCCGAGGUUCGACAGCGCAAGCCGCCGACCGCAAAUCUCGGGGAUCUUCAGCAGCUCUCGACCAAACCACCUUCCGAUCCCCGUCUCAAACAUGGCAUUCCCAUGCAGUUACUGCGUUCACUUCUGCUGAUGACAUGGGUGGAUUGCUGUAUUAUAGCGAUCUGCGUGACACAAGUAAUCGGCUCCCCGCUGUAUCUGAUCAACAAACGUUACUACUAUUCGUAUAUGGCAUAUACAAAACAAAGCUUCGGACUGGUCCUCGCUGCUCUUACCGAAUGGAGCUCUCCGACGCUCUUCCGGGUCAGUGGUGAUGCUAGCGUGCGUGGGCAGAUCCAUCUAUCGAAAGAUGGAUUACUGGAGACCAGGUUCCCCGAGCGUCUCGUUCUGAUCUCGAACCACCAGGUCUACACUGACUGGGUUUACCUUUGGUGGGUUGCAUACACCAACCAGAUGCAUGGCCGCCUCUUCAUCAUCCUGAAAGAGUCGCUUAAGUAUAUCCCAUUGGUGGGCACGGGCAUGAUGUUCUACGGUUUUAUCUUCAUGGCUCGCAAGUGGACGUCUGACAAGCCAAGGCUUGAGCAUCGUUUGCAGAAGUUGAAGACUGUCUACGGGGGCUCCAACUCAGCCCGCCCGCAGUACGAUCCCAUGUGGCUGCUAAUCUUCCCCGAGGGGACAAACCUGUCCACCAAUACCAAGAGACGCAGCGACAUUUGGGGGCAGAAACAGGGACUGCCUUCAUUCAAGCACGUGAUUCUUCCGCGGUCUACAGGGCUGUUGUUCUGUCUUCAGCAGUUGCGGGGAACCGUAGACUGGGUGUAUGACUGCACCAUAGCCUAUGAAGGGCCACCAAAGGGAAGCUAUCCCGAUAAAUACUUCACUCUUCGCUCCACAUAUCUGCAAGGACGACCGCCGACCUCAGUCAACAUGCAUUGGAGACGCUUCAACGUCUCGGAGAUUCCUCUUGAUGACCAGAAGGAGUUUGAGGACUGGCUUACAGCACGCUGGGCCGAGAAGGAUCAACUUAUGGAUCAGUACUUCGAAACGGGCCGGUUCCCAUCCGAGUUGGCCGGUUCGAUCAAAGCCGAUAAUGCAAUAGAUGGCCAGCUGGUUGCUGCUACAGCUGGAUAUGUUGAGUCCUAUGGUCGCCUGCGCCACUGGAGUGAGCUUGGUCUUAUCUUCGGGGUGCUGCUCAGUGUUGCUUUGCUUUGCAAAUUUGUAACAAGCUGGGUGCAGGGAUGA